UUCGUGUCAUAGGGAUUAAUAAUAUAUUCUGUGGUCUUUAGCACGUCUGCCCUUUAUAACCAGCAAAGGCAAGAAUCUAUUCUACGUCCUUCUCCAGGUAUGCACUUUAUUAUCAGCAAGCAAAGAAUGUAUUCUCUACACGAGAUCGUCGUCUAUAUUUUCUUAGAUACCCCAUGCAUGAGCUGGAGGAAAAGAAAAAGGCGAGAAGGACAAUUAAAUGGGGAGCGAACGAAAAAGAUGUGUGGCUGGGGUCUAUAGCUGCAGCGGAAUAGCCUGAAGUAUGGGAGAGUGAUUAGUUUUCUUAGCUACGACGACGUACGAUGACUGGAACCAUCAGCUCGGUUGGUGAUGGGUCCUCUGGAGAAGAAGGAAAAGGCAACAAGGCUGAUGAAGGGAACAACCACCAUCACCAGCAGCAGCAGAAGCAGAACUUCAUGACAAUGGUGAAGAAGGCGGUUUCUGAACGGCCGGCAGAGCCACCAAGCAUCUGCGAGGUCCCCAAGGACCUCAUUGAGGGCAACAAGGGUGCCUACACCCCCAAAGUCGUCGGCAUCGGCCUGCUCCUGGACGACAGUUGGCGCACAUCGACGAGCAUGGUCAGGCUGGAGCGCUACAAGUGGUGCUGCGUCCGCAAGCUCGUCAUGGGGCGCCACCCAGACCCAGCCAGCUGGUCGAGGGAGGUACACGAGCCGCUGCUUGGCAAGUGCUUCGACCUGAUGGUGGGCUUGGUGCCGCAAAUUCGUGCCUCCUACAGCAGCGUUGCUUCCGACACGAGCAGUGAAGAUGUGGCGAUCAAGAUGCUGCUCGACAGCUGCUUCGUCCUCCACCGCCUGCUCAAGCACGCAGGAAAAGGAAAAGGCAACAACGACUACGACGACGAUGACUGGAACCAGCAGCUGGGCCGGUGCUGGGUCUGGGGAACCGUGAAGCGUGACCUACUGCUGCUCAGCAACCAGGUUCCCUUCUUUGUCCUCCAGGCGCUGUUCAAGCAGCUGGGGAAUGACCGCGGCACGGGCGACAUCCUUGUCAACUGCGGCCUCCAGCUCUUGAGCUCGCUACGUCCUGGCCGGCUGCACAACGCACCCAUCAUCUGCGGUGACGUGCACCAUCUCCUCCACCUAUUCUACCUCUCAAUCGACCUGCCGCCCCGGGACUGGGAGCCCUCCAACACCAAGACACGGGGAAUCCGCUCCAACUUGAGCCGCCCGCCUGUAAAGCGCCGACCGCCGAAUUCGAAGCCGGCCCACGACUCCAUCUCCAGGGAGCUUCUGGCAGUGCCAGAGGCAGAGCUCACGUGGUGGGUGCCUUGCGCCAAGGAGCUGGAGGAGGCCGGCGUUCGGAUCCGUGCACGCAGGUACGGCGCCAAGAGCUUCCUGGACGUCAGGUUCCGCCGGCGCCGAGGCAUCCUAGAGAUCCCGCCGCUGGAGCUCUUCGACUACAGCGUACCCUUGUUCCGGAACCUGAUCGCGUUCGAGCAGACCUACCCAUCCACGCCGGGCCGCAUAACGGCAUACGCCAUCUUCAUGGACUGCCUCCUCAAGACGCCACAGGACGUGCGCCUCCUCCACCAGAGCGGGGUGCUACUGAACCACAUGAACGGCCAGAGAGGCGAAACCGCCAUGGGGUUCUUCAGUAGCCUCUGCGCGGAGGCGCACACAUCUGCCGACCGCAACUACCUUGCCGGCGUGAUGGAUCAGGUGCUCAAGUACCAGAAAAGAAAGUGGCCCCGUUGGCGUGCCGCUCUGGUGAGCGGCUACUUCACCAAUCCGUGGGUGACCACAUCGGUCGUCGCCGCUGUGAUCUUGCUCACCAUGACAGUGCUGCAGUCAUUCUACGCUGUCUAUGGGUACUACAAGCCAUCCAAGUAAGCAAUGCAUAGCAACUGCCUGCACUACACGUCUAGAGGUGACUGUGUUGUGUCACAUCUAAAUGAUCCUUUUACCUUUCCGCUGUGGUUGUCCGUUUUAUUUCAAGGCAUGCCUAUGUCUUUUUUUUUUUUUUGAACUGAAGGCAUGCCUAUGUCUAACUAGCUGUGCAUUGUGGUUCUCCGUUGUAUUUUUUUCCAGUUAUGCCUAUGGCUGGCUAGCUCCACAUCACCUUUCGUGGCCAUUGCAUUAGCAUGACGCACGCACGCACGCAUUCACACCCGUUGUAUAUAUAUUUCGAAACGGAGGCAAAAGCUUGUUGAAAUAGUAGCACUUUAGCGAUUAAUUUCAUCCCUAAGCAAAUCAUAAGCAUGACAAACACGGUAUGAAGCUCAUACCGAAACGUAACCAUGUGAGCCCUGGUAUAACAUAGAAUCGAAACAUCUAUGAACACAACACACUACUGGAAUUUACAUCUUUACCGAGUGCCGGAAAUAUUUAGCGAAAGCCGUUUUACAUUCGGCGAAACCUUUGCCCAGUAUUGUUCUCGGCCCGAAUCCUACCGGCAAAGCUUCCUUUGUGAGAACCAGAACAAGGGGACUCAGCAAAGUCCUUGCCGAGUUCUAAAAUGGGGAUUCAGCAAAAAAAAAAGACUUGACAGGCCGGACGGAGACGGGGGUGCCACGUGGCAAAAACUUUGCCGAGUACUUGUGGUAGGCACUCGGCAAACAUGAAAGCACGUGAGUGAGACACGUCUACUCAAUUAUUUGCCGAGUGGCCCA